AUGCUGGCUCAGACGGCGCUGCUGCUGGCUCUGCUGUGCGGAGGAGAGCUGCCGUUCUGUGGCGUCCAUGCUGGCUCGCCCAGAGAGAGAGGACCCCCUCCAGCAUCAACACGGAGAGCAGGAGAACACACAGAGCCCGCAGCCCUCCUGAACAGCAUCACACACGUCUCAGAGCGGGAGCAGAGAACUGCUGAGGACAGGAGAACUGCCCCCUUGCUUCCUGGAAGGGGAGAAAGUACCGGAAAUGCCCCAACAACCAUACCUGCCUCCCUAGCUACCAUAGCUGCCACCCUAGCUACCUACCUGCCGACCGUAGGUCUCUCUCCAGCCCCACAGCCUCCUCCUCCACACUCCUCCAGCCAGACCCCCCAGGGGCCCGGCUCCUCUCUCCAGCCCGCGGAGGAGCCUCUCCUUCUGGGUAGCACUGACCCAUCGCCCCCUGGCUCUGGUUCUCCCUCCCUGGUCCUCAUCUCCACAGAGGGGGGCCUUGGCCCAGACUCCAGCCCGCCUCUGAGACCCCUCACUGGGAUCCCAUCAGCGCCCGGCGCCCCUGGUCCUGGUGGGUUUUCCGAGGGGGAGGGUCUGAGAGGGGGACUGCAGCGGGUGGGGGCGGAGCCUCGUUGGCGUCGGAGGCGGAGCUGGCUGUGGAACCAGUUCUUUGUGAUCGAGGAGUAUCGAGGGCCAGAGCCUGUUCUGAUUGGACGGCUUCACACAGACAUGGACCGCGGCGACGGGCGGACCAAGUACCUUCUGGAGGGCGAGGGGGUGGGGUCCGUGUUCGUCAUCGACGGCAACACAGGCAACAUCCACGUCACCAAGGCACUGGACCGCGAGGAGAAGGAUCAGUACCGCCUGGUCGCCACGGCGACGGACCGCGAGACGGGCCGGGCCUUGGAGCCGUCUUCCCAGUUCAUCAUCCGGGUCCAGGACAUCAACGACAACCCGCCUGUGUUCAAGGAUGAGCCCUACAGCGCCACCGUGCCAGAGAUGGCCAACAUAGGUACCUCUGUGAUCCAGGUCACGGCCAGCGACGCAGACGACCCUGCGUACGGGAACAGCGCCAAGCUGGUGUACGCCAUCACUCAGGGCCAGCAGCACUUCUCUGUGGACGCACAGACAGGUGUGUUGCGUACCGCCUCCCCAGACAUGGACAGGGAGACCCAGGACGAGUACCUGGUCGUCAUGGAAGCCAAAGACAUGGGGGGUCACCUAGGUGGGUUGUCAGGGACGACCACAGUCACAGUGAGGCUGAGUGACGUCAACGACAACCCCCCUCGCUUCAGAAAGAGUGAGUACAACAGCAUUACACCUCGCACUGUUGCCUAG